GCCUUUAAUCUGCGACAAGGAGCAGGGGUCGAGCUUCAAAACUGCGUAGCGUAGCUCUCUGCAUCGUCAACGAGUGCUUCCGUUGGCACUGUUCAGAGGCUAGACAUUCACGAAAGUUUCUUUUUUUUAAUGGCAUAAGUUACCUAUCGGGAUGAAGACGUGACGGACUAGAUCUGUUGGUGUUCGUGACGAGGAUUGUGUUUUCGACGAAUAUUUUUGAGAAAUCUCUACGCAAGAUGGGUUUCUUUCUGUUUACUUGCAUGGUCCUGCUGUUCCAGCUAGGUGGUUCACGAUGUCAGAAGACGUGCAACGAGGACGAAAACAUCCUGGAAAAUGACAAAUGGUACGGAUACCGCUACGAGAUAGUCGCAGAAGCUGCUUCUGUGGGCAGUACAGACGACGUGGGCAAUUCGAGGAUGGACUGCCAUGUGAGAAUCGCCCGUGUAGGACCAUGUCAGUACAAGUUCCAGGUAGAGCAAUGCUUAUUUGCUGCUGGAGGAGGGCCUCCUGGACAGAAGGUCUUUUUGUUGAAGCACCUGGAACUAGAAGAGGUUGCAAGACGUUCCGUAGUGGUGACACUGUCAGACGGUCAAGUGGAAAACAUUGCUGUUUCGCCUGGUGAACCUGAACACUGGCAGAACAUUAGGAGGGCUCUGAUAUCUGCUUUCGUUUUGAAGAAGUCACACCUUCGAAACGGAGCUGAUACAAUGAUCACAGACGUCCAUGGCACAUGUCCCUGGAAAAUGACCCCGGGUGAACGGUACGGCUUGGCUAAGAGCAAGAAAGACAUGUUGUACUGUCACUUUCCAAGUCGUCCGGACAGCAAGCAGAGCCCGUGGUCUAUUUUUGCAAACAUGACCUUCAUUCAAUACCUGAUCAAUUCCACGGUGGAAUGCGAAUACGAGGCCGCUGAAGACUUGUCGCAUUUAGAAUCGGUGUCGUGUCACGAACGUCAUGCCAUUAUGUUAGAGUCGACGCAUAACACCGCUACAGCUGUGCAGACGAACAUACAUUAUACUAUGAAACUUGAAAUUGGAGCCCCAUUGGACUCCCAGCCGGAAUGGGCGGGCACCGGUCACCCCACGGUGCCGUCGGGAAUUCCUUACGUUCAUACAAAAACGGCAGACCCGUCCUCCAGAAGCUACAUCCCCAGAGAUGAUCUAGACGAAGCGAUCCGCGCCAAAUUUUCUGAACUCGUCCUCGCGGCCCGUCCGGAAGUUGGCCUCUACACCAUUCACCAGUUCCAGGACCUCAUGGAACUCAUGAGGUCUUCUCCGGAUUUGGUACCUUUCGUGGAAUCUGUCGUCGGGUGUGAGUUCCUGCCUUCGGAUGUGGUCUGCACACCGCAGUUGAAGGAACUGGCUAUGGCCUACCUUCAAGAUGCCUUAGUUCAAGGCAACAAUUACCCCACCUUAAGGGCGUUCAGGCACCUCGCUACUGAAGGUCACGUGACUGAUGCGUAUUUGAAGCUUCCGUUCCACUCGUGGCAUUAUAUUCGGGUGGACGACCCUCGCUACCUGGAAGAAGUAUUCGAAAUCUGUAAAUCGACCGAAUCCAAGAUGUGCUGGUUGGUCCUGGGUCGAAUGGCGUUGAAGCAUUUCGAAGAAACGUCAACCCGUGGAGACAACCAUAUUCCACCAAUCACAGAACGCAUCUUCAAGCAUGCGCUUACCUACCUGAGGUCUCACUGCGACCUGCAGAACGACGCCUUCCCACCUAGCUUCACAGAUGCCGAAAAGAUUGAUUACAUCAUUACCAUGUUGAAGACUAUCCGUAACGGGGAAGUCACAGCACAACUAUCAGGCACAUCGGAUAGUUUACUUGGUUGUGCUCAGAACCCAAGUUUGCCAGACCACGUGCGCGUCACUGCCGUUGAGGCUUUACAUGGCUUCGACACUCUGCGCAAAGAAUCACGCUUUCAUUAUCUAAAGGACAAGAUGUUGAGGGUCCUCGAAGACCCUAAUCUCCCUUCUUCGGUCAAGAUAGCAAUUUACAAAGUGUUUACUUCGCGCCCUGCAUUUCUGGAUCCCGAAAUCAUCAAGAAGCUCGAGAAGGUCCCUGACUGGACAGAUGUCAAAGAUUACGUCGUGUCCGACUACCUCGAUGGCCUUCUCGACGCGGUUAAAUUUGAAUUCUUCUCCGACCACGAGCAAACCCGUAAGCGCCACGAGACCCUCAACCGGACGGCAGCACUGUGGGAAAAAUGGACGGAACAUCGCACACCAUGGAAGCUUCGAUCUGCAAGAAGCACCACGGCACGGUUGUUGGAGCUACCCUUCUUGCCGAAAGAAAUUCGCAAGUUUGGCUUCAAGUUUGCGUCAGAGUACAUCUCCAGCAUCAAGUCCUCUUUUCCUUACUUGACGAAGGACUUGCAGCUUGUCCUUGCGGGACGCACGUUUGAUUUCGCUGAGGUCGGCACAUUCCUGGAAGGACUUGACCGAUAUUUAAGGCACGAUUGUCGAGAUGAAACCUUGGCUGAAGACCUACGGUCGCUUUUACAACCACAGAAAUCCAAGUUUCUGCAAAAUUUGCCAGAGAUGCAAGAAAGCCUGAGAGGGAUUCUGAACAAGGCGGGUUCAGAAUCGGAGUUAUCCUUGCCAAUGUCCUACCUUCGUAUGUUUGGUUCAGACAUGAUAUACUCAAGCUUUGACGAUACCCACAAACUCAUCAAGGGAAUCCCGAAGGCGGUACAAGCGUCGUCACUCGCUAGAAAUCCGGUCCUCGGUCAAACCUUCAACUUGACCAGGACUAUUCGAGUCAUCGAAGCAUACCUCGUAGUACCAACUAUUAUGGGCCUUCCCCUUAACUGGACAACGAGCGCCACACUAGCAGUCUCCUUCAGAUCAGGUCUCCGAGCUGUGGACCGCGAUACCUACUCCGGCUUCUUCCACCCUAGUGCUGCUUUGACCUUCCUGAACGGCAUGUUGCUGGACUUUCCAACGGUGACCAAGAUCGGGGUUCAAGCCAACAGCUCCGCUUAUACUUCGACUCAGCUGGAUGUAAAGUUGCGGUCGAACGGACCCAAGAUGGAAGUAGAAAUUUUGAAACCCACCAAAGAACAGAAGGUUCUGAUGCUCAAGAGAACCAAUCAGCUCAUCAAACACAACACUCUUCAAGAAAUGACCGACUGGGACGUGGACAGAGUGACAAAAAGGUGGUGUUCCAGCGAAGAAUUGAGCAUGGCGGUUGGUUUGCGCGCAUGCGUCGAUCAAUCCUACGCUGACGUCACUCAUCGCAUGAAACCUUGGUUUUUGAUGGCUGCACCGGCGCACUGGAGUUUCGUCUUGACGCCACACGCAGAAAGCUCUGUCAGUUCCUACGUUAUUAGCGCGGUGUUGCCACAUCCGGGUCCCAGACAUCAAGGCCUGAAACUACAUGGGUACAUACGAGAAAGUUUCCCAGAGAAACAAGUCACCUUCCUGGAUUACGAAGAUAAAGGCCUAGAGGUUAUCAUACCAGGAUCAUCUCCGAUUCGAUUCGGAGUCAAGGAGAAGCCGUUAAAUGUCGAUGACGAUGACUCUGUUAAGGGCAAUUUCUUGGAAGUGUCAUGUUCCUUCGCCCCAGACCAUGUCUACGUGCUGUCCUACACGAAUGAAACCAGAUUGGAGACAAGAACAUUGGCUGGUAAAGGUCACGUAAAAUCCCAGCCUAUUACAGCCAUGGUGCACAGGAAGUCUUGGGUGCUGAAAUCUCCUCAGGCCAUCUACAGUUUCGUCUCUGUGAAAGACAUUCACUCCAGUAGUGUUAAAACGGAUAUGAAAUUUCUGAUUGAAAGGAAGCAGGCAACAGAGUCUCGUGAUUGGCUAUCAGAUGUCGUGCCGGAGGAAUUCUGGGAUGGCGAUAAGAGAGCGUGGCUUCACGUCCAGAGUGACUGGAAGCACCAGAGUGGCGGAGGAAAGUCAAAGACCUCCCGCGGUGGCCGUAGCUACGCACUGACUCCAAAGACGGUAGCCGAGCUCCUGGUCCAUUCUAGGGUUACGGCCACUCAUCGCUUGUACCAAGUGAACUUGACCCACACUGAGCGCGGUUCGGGAAGAAUGUUGGCCUUCGCAAACUUCACGCAUUACGAGAAACAUCUCCGGAAAGGACACACCAAGCACUGGUCGAGCUUCUCUAACCUGACGGUGCCGCAUCACUCCUGGGAGCUCCAACUGGAGACCAAGGAAGGACCUCUAGAGAUCCACGGGAAAGUGGCUCUGCUCGCUGAGAAGAUGGUCUUGAAAGAGUCGCCCUGGAAGCUUUUCACGACUUGGUGGCAUCCAAGCACCAGUCACUUAUUCGAAGCCAACCGUCGGAAGGUGCAGCUCCAGUUUUCGGGUCCUGGUGAGAAGGCCCGGUCGACGUUCGGAGGCGCCGACCUCCAUGGUUCCGCUUCCUUCUCUGUCUCUCAAAAUGACGAAGAACAACAAGUACUUCGGUGCCACGCCGACGUCGCAUUCCUGGACGGCCAACAAAAGCUGAAUAUAGAUGUGAGAGACCCCGUGCACAACACCAAAUGGACAACGGAAGGCACUCUCGACUUCGACGACGACGGCCUCCCCAUUGUGUCCGUUCUAUCUCACAUAAGCCAUGGCCCAGCAGACGACAGAGUAGCCACGUAUCAGCUUCGGAUCCACAACCCGAUGCUAGUGUGUCCAACGGCCCAGUUCUCUCACAGUAUAAAAUCCAACUUCUGGCAGUAUGAUGCGCGUGCGUCUGCGGAAUGUCGCGACAACGACGUCAUCAAGGGAGAGUUGACGAUUCGUUCAGAUUCCGACGCGUGGGACUUGCUGCGCAUGAAUCUCAACCAAACACUCGACUCCGGUGAGGCUGGGAGUGUUGAAUCCAUGAACAUGACGUACGCGCUGGGAGCUAUCAAUGUGGACGCCAUUUGGGACAAAGAAGUGUAUAUGAAGAACGGCUUCUUCUUACACAAAGGCGAAUCCGUUCCAUUCCUCACUCUUCGUCUGAUUGGAUUGCGGAAGAGCUCUGAUUGGUCCUUGACAUCUCGAGUGAAGUCGCAGGAUAAGGACACGCAUUUGAAGCUAACAUAUCGCCCCGUCUUGUCUGGACCUGCACGAUUACUUACGCUACGUGCAUACCCUACUGAGGAUCAUUCAAUCGUUGAAACCGUAUUGGCUGUGGGACUUGUGCCGCAGCCCUUCAAAAACAGUCUGAUGAUCGCAUCGCAUUCGGACUUGCUUCGAAAUUUCGAAGCGGCUCUCAAGCACAAAAUGACAGAGACAUCUGACCUGCUGCGGUCCGCAUUGAACGACGAAGAACACCCGCUAAAUGAACUUCUCCAGCCUGUUAUCGGAGUUCCCCUCGGCGACUUCGCUAAGCGGCAGACGCGUGAGUUGCACGAUCAAUUGGUGAAAGCUGGAGCUACGGCAUUCGAGGUUGCCUCGUCGUUCAAGUCUCUCUACGCACCGUUCGCCGCUGUCUUAUUCGGGUUGGCGAAAAAGGCUGAGGAUGCUUCUAAGAUAGCAGACUUCCACUUCAAGCAGACGAUACCGGGCUGGGCGUUCUACUACUUCAACCUCGACAAGACUCUCCGACACACCGUGACACAUGUCCCAGAAGUUUCUUGGAACGCAUUCAAGACAUACUACUCUACGCCAGUACAUGAAUCCUACCAACUCUGGACGUUCUAUCUGCCGCAGUGGUCCGAAAUCGUCAAUGCAUUGAAAUCGACUGUGGCGCGGUAUGGAAUACUGCACCAGCAGCCGCAUGCACGUGUGACCGGUAUACCACGUUUGCGAGAUGGGCAAAAGAUGGCGGCCAUCUUCGGAAUGGACCACGUGAUCACAUUCGACGGCUCUCAUUGGGUGUUUCCUGAGUAUCCAGCCCCAUACUGCACUUACCUCCUUGCUCAUCACAAGAGAGGCCACGCGUUCACACUGGCGACGAACAAGGAAGACAUCCUGGUUGACUAUCCAGACAUGAACGGCAGAUUUACGUUGACCAUCACUGGCAGUGGAGAAGUGAAGCUGAAUGGAAGAAAAGAGCCCUUAAUUUUGCCCUUCGAGAGCCCAUCACGUCACGUGAAGGCGUUCCGCGACGGCCCCGUGAUUCGUGUCGAUGGACCUGGACUCGACGUUCACUGCGACUCAGCGAAAUUCUUCUGCUUCUUUAUCCUGGAUGCUCCCUAUCAGGGUUCACUCGUGGGAAUGCUGGGAAAUGCCGACGGAAACAGAGACAACGACUUUGCUCUUCCAGACGGCAGUUCAGCCUCGGACAUCGCAACCCUGGCGACCAGCUACGAACUGGGCAACCGACCCGAAUGCCACGCCUUACUCUCGCCCCAGGUUAACCUUGAAACGAAUCCGCACUGCAGCCACCACGCCGUGUCCAGCGAAUGUCUGGCUGUUACGAAGAUGGGAAGCGCUAUGCAAGUGGCCUGUACCUGGGAUCUUCACAAGGGACGUUCCGAAUGUGCCAGGCUUAACUUUAUGACGGCUGCGUGCUGGUACCACGGAUUCAAUGAAGAGAUACGGCGGUGUGGUGGGUGCCCAACAGCAAACUCUGUUACGGGAACAGUCACAGUGGAACCCGCCAAAGUUCUCGAGGUCGCUCUGCUCCUCGAUGCAGAUUCAUUCCGCGAGGAUGAAUUCGUUAACAUCAUUCACGGCACGAAACGAUUGGCUAUGAAUAUCGACACAGUUUUCGUGGAACAGGGCUACGUCACCAGAUACACAUUGAUAAGUACUCUGAAGGGUUCACCAAGCUUCUAUGCUUCCACUAACGAUGUUUUCGUGGAGAGUCAGGAAGGCCUAAACUCUCUUCUGAAAUCUCUGACCCGGGAAUCCGGCCACGCCACAGCUCAACUCGACUACCUUUUAGACUACGCAUUGGAUCACGUGCCCUUUGAUACCAAGGCCACUCGUGUCAUCCUUGCGCUGGCUGCAUCAGAUUUUAAUACGACACGGAGCAAGCUGGACAACCUGCUGAACAAGCUGGAGUCUUCCGGCGCGACCCUGUACGCCUUCUCGACUUUCCCGACCAUCGACAGAGGAAAGAAGGUGUUCGGAGUCCGCGCCGACGGUCUCAUCUUCCCGUCUCUGUCUAAGGAAACCUACCUGGACUACCCUUCGAGGGCCGGACUUCUGGCGAAACUUGCGGCCGCUACCAAGGGCUCCAUUUACCAUAAGAGCUUCGUCGCUGCCGGAGAGCCCGGCUCCUUCUUUGAUGCCGUAUCGGAAGAGAUCAUGGCCAAAGUCGGAAAGGAAGUUCGCCGUUGUAGGCAGUGUACUUGUUCGAUGAGUUCGUCUUGGAACAUGGUCAGCCGUUGUAAGACGGUUGAUUGCUAGGUGUUUGUCGGGUUAUAUCGGGUAUUCCAGCUAGCUUAUGAAAAAAGAAGAAAAAAAAACAAUCACGGUCAAAGCCAUUCAAUGAAAGUUCGUUAGAAAACGUUAUUCCACCCCAGUGCACACGACAUAUCCCUGAGACAUCCCAGAAACAUCCCAGAAACGUAGCAAAAGUCACAGUCGUCUCGUGCGUCACAUGGAUAUUGCAUGGAUAUACACAAUGGGCCGUUAUCGGUACUCGUAGCUUGUACAUCCCUGCGACAUCCCCUGGACAUGGAGCACAGGAUAUGUCAUAAUAAUAAGAAUAACUCGGUUUUAAAGAAUAAAUUUGGUUUAAUUGAUUUCUUGAAUGAUGCUGUGUAGGUACGUGGAAUAUGUAAUGGGAGUAAUAUACGUAAGUAAUGCAAGUAAGUAAUGUAUGUAAUGGUUUACAUGUGCGUAGCUUCGGGGGUUCUGAUUUUGUGCUUGUUUGGCCACCGAUUUUUCUUCUCGUUUAGGCUACGUUUGGUUCAUCCUCUAUCGCUACGGGUCGAUAGUUUCGUCUUCGUUUUCUAGGGACUAUGUAUCACGCGUGACAGAAUUUUCUGUAUUUUAUUUGCAUUUCGUUCCUGUAUGACAGUAUGAUAUGUCUGUAAUAAAAUAUCCCCCAUGUGCGAAAGUUCA